AUGGUUGCGGAAGCAAGUACUAUCAGCAAAGAUGAGGCUGCAGUUUAUGAUAGACAAAUUCGACUUUGGGGAAUUGAUGCGCAAAAUAAGUGAGUCAUUUUUCAUUUGAAAAAGUUUUAAUUUUUGCUGAAAUAUUCAGACUUCGAAACUCAUCAGUUCUUGUUGUUGGAAUCUCGCAACUUGGUGCCGAGUUUGCCAAAAAUAUAACACUUUCUGGUUUGAACAGUUUAACAUUAUUAGAUGGACAUGUUAUCACAAAAGACGAUGUUGGUCACAAUUUUUUGCUGCCACUUACACCUGGAGAAGAUUUGAUUGGAAAAAAUGUGGGUAUUUUCAACUUUUGAAAAAAAUUAGUCGAAAAUUUAUCAGUUCUUCAAAGUUUUAUUCAAUUUUCAAACCGGAUCAGUAAAACAAAUAUUAAAACAAUAUAUUUUUAGCGAGCUGAAGCUGCGUAUCCUCGAACUUAUACUCUCAAUCCAAAUGUCAAAUUAACCGCGAUCCCGAAUGAUUUGGAAACUGAAUUGACGAAAAACGGCGAAGAUUGGUUGGGAAGAUUUUCGCUUGUCGCACUUAUUGAUCAGAAUUAUGAUUUGGUUGUUCGAGUGAAUGCGAUUUGUCGAAGACUUGGUGUUCGAUUUAUUGGAGCGAGUGUUUUUGGAUGGGUUGGAUAUUCGUUUUUCGAUUUUAAUGGACAUCAAUUUUUGACGUAAGUUUUUUGUUGUUUUUCAAAUCGUUUUUUUCAUGAACUUUUUUUGUAGAAAAGUCCAAAACAAAGAUAAAGAAGCAUCAUCAACAAUGGAUCUUGAAAAUGAACAAGGAGAUGAGAACAAAAAAGCAAUGACAAUGACAAUUGAAGAAGAUCAAUUUGAACCAAAACCAUAUUUUUAUCCAGCUUUUGAAGAAGCUUUUAAUGUUGAUUGGAGCCAGAAAAAACUUUUGAGAAAAUGCAAACGAAUUAUCCCAUCCUCGUAUUUUUUGGUGAAAUCGAUUCUGCGAGCACAAAAAGAAUCGCGAUUUACUGGAAAUGGUGAAGACGCCGAUUUGCGAGUUUUGGAAGAAAUUUGGGAAGAAGAAGUGAAGAAUGGAAAUCAUUUGAAAGAACAACAAACUGUUCAACCGGAAAAGUUUGAUCAGUGAGUUUUUUUUGUGAUUUUUAUUGAAAUAUUAAAAUACCUCUGGAGGUUUUAGUGUUAUAAUGCCAAAUUCUCAACUUGGCCCUAAAAUACAUAGGUUUCCCAACAUUUUACUUACCAUUAGAGUCCCGAACAUUUGGCAAAAUCGAAAAGUUUUUUUCUUCUAUAGUCAUUUAUCUAAAUUUUCAAGUAUGUAACUAAUGGCACUUUGUAGAUUCAACUCACUAAAAUUCAUAGAAUUCUAGCUGCGUAUUAGCACUCACAAAACAUCGAGAAAUGACCGAUGUUCCACUAUGAAGAAACGUGAACUGGGAAAUUAAUUUUGAAUAAAAUCGUGAACAUUUUUUAAAAUAGUAAAUCAAGUUUUGAAUUUUCGAAAGGUAAUCUGCUUUUUUCUCUUGGACUCGAAUAAUUCAAACCUAAUUUUAUGUUUUCAAUCAGUUCAAAUUAGUUUGAACAGUUUAUUGGAUUAAAAACCGGUUCUCGAAAAAAAACACUCGAAUUACCAACCAAAUUUCGGAAAUUUUAGCGGAAAAAUCUCACGUAACUCUGAAAAAAUGAACAUACAUAAGAAUUGUGACAUAAUGAAAUAAAUUCCUCUUUUUGCAGUCUCUUCAAUCCACAACUUACUCCAACUUGCGCUGUUGUCGGUGGUCUUAUGGGACAAGAAGCCAUCAAAGCUUUAUCCGAAGGAAAAAACCCACUUCGCAACAUUUUCAUUUAUUCAGCUCUCGAUACAACUGGAAUCAUGUGCGAUUUCCCACCACAAUAA